GUGGAUAUUCGAUUUAUUGUUCUUAUCCCGAGAAGAGUUUUGGUUUGGAUGUUAUUGUACGUGUUUUCAUUUUAAACCAGUAGAAUAAGAAUUAUUUGGUGUUCUUGGAAUUAAAGUUUUGAUGAAAAGCACAAGAUGGCUUUGGGUUUUGAAAAACAAAUAAUAGAAUGUAGUAAAUUAAAGAAAUGUGGAGAAAUUACAACAAUGCUGUCAGUGGGAAAGAAAGAAUUUUUCUUGAACUGCGAAUUUUGUGAUUAUUCGUUUUUGCAAUUGGAGAAUUUUAUGCAACACAUGUGCGAAGACCACUUAGUCGAAAUAAAUCAAGCAAAGGUAGAGGAAGUGGAAAAUGAAAUUGAUCAAUAUGAUGAAGAAAUAGAAGACUUGGAAGAAUGUCUAAAUUCGACAAAAACGUAUGUUUUACAGGAGGAGGAUGAUGAUGAUUAUAAUAUGAGAGACUUUGAAAGAGUCGAAAUUGAACUGGAUACAAGUGACAUUAAGCGUUCUGUUGUCAUUAAAGAGGAAUUAACUCCAAAAGAUUUCGUUAACGAAGACAGUACGGAAAACGACAACUUUGAAAUUAAUGAAAGCCAAGAAUUGGAAGAGCAUGAUUACAAAUCUAGCAGCGAUUUUGACUAUGAAGAAUCUUUCAAUUUAGAAGAAAGCGAUUCUAAGCCGCCUGAAAACAGUCCAAAAACAAAAUCUACCAACUGUGACGCAAAACGAAGAUUUAUUAUAGAUCUUAUAGAAGUAUAUCAUUCAUGCAGGGCACUGUGGGAUUCGAAGUGCGACUCUUAUACCGAUAGAUUGGUACGCAACCAACAAUAUGAUAUCUUACUUGAAAAAUAUAAAGAAAAGUAUCCAAAUGCUACAAAAGAUGACGUCAGGCAAAAGAUUUUUAGAUUGCGUACAACAUUUCGACGAGAAUCCAAACGGAUAUCGGCAUUUGAAAAGUCAAAUCUUUACUAUUUUGAUGCAAUGGCAUUUUUGUUGGACAACGAUAAGCGUGAUGAGUAUAUCGAAAGAAGAAAUUUGGAAAGAUCAGAGUAUAAUUGUAAACAAUUCAUAAAGAAACCCCCACCUCCAGAAAGCCUUUUGAAUGACGACCAAUUUAUUACGCUUGCUAAAAUAUACCAGAGAUAUCCAAGCCUUUGGGAUGAAAAUGAUAUAGCGUAUAGAUUCAGUAACCGACGUCGGGAAGCCUCAAAAUCUGUUUAUGAAGAAUUUAAGAGUGAAACCGGUUUAAAUUUAGAGAAACAGGAAUUGGAAAGAGAAAUCCUACGGUUACGAAAAGCUUGCUCCAUUGAAAAGAAAGAAAAAAUAUUGUGCAAACAAAAAAAUAUCGAGUAUAAGCCUGCAUGUCCAUAUUACGAACACAUUACAUUCCUGGAAGUUGAUGUAAAUCCAUAUGAAUGUACAAUAUGUGAAAAAGUAGUUUCUGGUUCUGGUCUGUAUAAAGUACAUUUAGCAUCUCAUGAUGGUUCGCUUCCAUUUAAAUGCCAUAUUUGCGGACAUGGAUUUAAAUUAGCAACAAAUUUAACUGUACAUUUACGAAGGCAUGUGCAUGACUACACUUAUAGUUGUAAAAUUUGUAAUAAGCCCUGUGCAACCACAACAGAGUUAAAGGUUCAUAUGCGUUUUCAUACAGGAGAAAAACCCUAUGUUUGUGACAUAUGUGGAAAUAAAUUCCAAACAGCAUCAAAAUUUAAUACACAUAUGCGGCGUCAUGAAAAUCGACCACGCCAUAGAUGUGAAGUAUGCGGAAAAGGUUUCUACACCAAAGGACUAUAUAGGGAGCACAUGAGCGUUCACCGAGCUACAAGAGACCAAAUAUGCGAUAUAUGCAACAAAGGAUUCAAAAGCCCCAUGCAGUUAAAACAACACAAACGUAUACAUGAUGCCUUCAAAAAAUAUGUAUGCAAAAUUUGUGGAAAACGUUUUGCCCAGUACGCUGGUCUAAGUGGGCAUAUGAAGUCUCAUGGCACAAAGUUAUCCGCGAAAAAAACACCUGAAGAAUUAAAUGAAUUUGCAGAAGUUUUCUUUGGUGAAAAUUCAGGCAGUACGAAGAGUCAAGAUACAUACGGAAUCAAUGAUGUAUAAUUGUAAAGGUUAUUAAUUUAUUUUCAUAAUGUGCAUAAAGUAUGUAAUCGGUACUAAGGAGCAAACUUUUUCUAUAAGCUUAAUUCAGACAUAAAAUAAAAAUAUUGUUUCAAAGCUUA